AGGGGCCUGGCCCAUCCCCAGGGCCAUGUGGACGACCUCCCAGAGGAGGUGCUGAUGCUGGUGUUGAGCCUCCUGCCUGCUGAGGACCUCUACUGUCAUGUCAGCCUGGUCUGCCAACGCUGGGGGAACAUUGUCACCCAGUCACUGUUUGUGCCCUGGAAGAAGCUGUAUUACCGCUACACGAAGAAGGAAAGCGAGGCGGUGAAGGAGAUCGACGCCAUCCUGGAAACCCAUAGAAUCAAAAAGAACGACCAGGAGAGCAUCCUCCAUAUUUACAAUUACUGUUCCUUUGGGCCAUUUCUGAUAAUUUAUGAUCUAUUCUGUGUGUGUGUGUGGUUUUUUUCCAGGUUCAUGGCCCAGUACAAGCCCAGUCAGAGGGUGAAACCUGAGGCAGUGUUACAGAGUGUGAGGACACAUUGUCUGUUCCCUCAGGCUGAGGCCUGCAUUAAACACAGACUCCCAAAACUGGAGGGUAUCGAGGGGGGCCCUAACCCGUGGGCAGCCAUGGCCCUGAUGCUGGUGCUGUGUGACGGGGUGGGAGAUGUUCUGGACCUGGUGGUCUGUCUCAGAGGCUGCCUGCUUUCAGCCAGUGCCAUCACAGAGUACCUCAGCGCCAUGGCAACCAUGCUGCUCGCCAUGAGGAGGAAGGACAUCAACAUCAGCAACAGGUGGCACUACAAUAUCUUCUACGUCCUUCACCUGAUAGAGAACGCCCUGCCCACAGCAAUAACCAAUCAGAGAGAGCCCAGGUUCGUGACCCACGAACAGCAGCAGAUCCUCCAUCAUAAGGACCACGUGGUCAAGAUCAUGGCCUUCGCAGGCUGUGUGCAGGGUAAGGUUGUGGACUCACUGCGUCCCCUGACUUCAGGGUUGAGUCCUGGCCGGGGCAAGUUAGCAGUGCUGUCUCGCUCUAACGUCUCUGUGUUCGACCAAGCUGUCAGACUCACCGACGACAACCCCCGCUGUAGACUGCACAUCGUAGGGGGGUUGGAGAAUUUUGGGCUGAACAGAAUCAUGGACAUUUGGGUUCUAAUGCAGCCAGAAAACAAUCGCUCUCGAGGCAUCAAGGACAGCUUCAUCCGUAGGUUCACCAAGCAGAGUCUGGGGGGCUACUGUGGGCUGAAGAGUUAUGCUAAAAACACAAAGGACCGUGACUUGGAGGGUAAACUCUCCAUGGUGGAGAAAUACAACAGCCGCAUCCCUGAGCUGGUGGAGCGCCUCUACGGAUGCGCAGAGAGAGAGGCCCAACACGCAGAUUUUAUCCUGGGGACAGUCCAUAAAUCAAAGGGUCUGGAGUUUGACACGGUGGUGAUCACUGAUGACUUCGCUAAGGUCCCCUGUGCCGCCCACAACUUACCCAGACUCUCCAGCUGCUCAGGAGGUGACAUCCUAGAGGAUGGGUGGAACCUGCUGUAUGUGGCGGUGACGCGGGCCAAGAGCUCUCUGGUCAUCACCAAGAACAUCAACAACAUCCUCACACUGGCUGGGGUGAGAGCAUUGACCAGUGGAGGCUGCUGAGGGAGGACGUCUCAUAAUAAUGGCUGGAGUGGAGUAUAAUGGCUGGAAUGGAGUGAAUGGAAUGGCCGUUAUGAGUUGUCCACCCCUCAGCAGCCUCCACUGGCACUGACCCCCUCCACUACACUCUUCCCUCUUAUAAUAAUAAUAAUAUGCCAUUUCGCAGACGCUUUUAUCCAAAGCGACUUACAGUCAUGUGUGCAUACAUUU